AUGACAUAUCAAAUGUUAUAUUGGUGGAUGACUUUUGUAAUACUUCAAUUUUGCUUCACGAUACUAUUAGCAGAUAAUCGUAUUUCGAGUAGUUCUCCUGUAUCUAUUCCGGACGGAACUUCUCCGCACGAUGAUAACAAGUCUACAGUUAAGAGUGUCACCUCAUCCACUAGAGAAAAAUUACUUCGGUAUGAAAAAGACGGUCUUGUAGCCAAAGCAAUACAUUCUAAUGCUAUCGCUCUAUCCAAUCCAGAAAGAUUGCUUUCGUAUGAGAAAGUCAAUCUUCCAGUCAAGAACUGUGCAUUGUCCACUCAUCUAAAUCAUACUGCUAUUACCUGUAACGCGUUGAAUGGUUCCGUUAGCCUUCCUCUCACCUUAUCCAAAAUAUCUAUUGCAAACAACUUUCCAGCAUCUGUUCGGGACAGAAGUUCUUUGCACGAACCUACAUUUAAGAAGAAUUCACCGUCAUUUGUUUUGGAACAAAAACCAUCAUCUAAAAUCGGUUCUGCAGCUAAAGUACCCAGAAAAAGUCUACCAACGAAACAACGAGUUAGACUUGGAAACCGAUCUAAGUUUCGAUUUCGUCCACGAGGAAAAUUUGGUUUAUUGGCAAGCGUUGUUGGAAGUGCUAUUUCUGGGAUUAUCGAUAACCUUCGAAAAUAA